GAGAAAACCGCUCUGGCGACGCCAUCUUUCUACAUCAUCAGCAUGCAUGGUGACGUCAUGAUGCCGCGACACGGCGAACUUUCAAUUUUACCUUAAAAGCAAGCGUCUCCUCAGCAACGGGUCACGAAGUCAUCUGAUCCAUGUUCACAGCUGGAAAUGAGAGGAAAAAACAGGAUUUCUGAUAGCGACUCCUCCUCUUUCCCUGCUUAGACCCAACAAACAACAUUUUCCUCAUCAUUCCAUCCAUCUGCUGCAGCCAGGAGGGACAGAGGAGUCACAUGGAGAAUCUGGAGCAGCGUUGACCGCCAGCCAGUUAAUGUGUUAUCUGGACAAAUAUUUGUGAAGAGGGGGAAGGUACACUAUUUCUUCUGCACAUCGAAGGGAUCUGGAGCUAGAUACAGACACCAUGCAGCUGGGACUUUCCACUCUUAUCCUGCACACCGUUGCUUUAAUCACAGCAGGCCAGCGCAGUGUGCUUAAUGACUAUCAGCGAUCUAAGGCAACUGAACUCGUGCACCUAUACGAAGGAAAUGUCAAGGAGGAGAUGAAGGAUGAUGUUCAUAUCUGUGCCAAAAAAUGUUCAGAGCUCCUGGACUGCAGGUCUUUUGAUUAUAACCUGAAGUCUCACAGCUGUCGGCUGCUCCCGUGGACCCAGAAUUCUGCUCACGUCACAUUACAGAAAAACAUCAACUAUGAUGUCUACCAAAAGAAAGAUUAUGUUCGUGAAUGUAUUGUGGGUGAUGGAUUGUCAUACCGUGGAACAGUAUCUAAAACAAACAAAGGAAAAACUUGUCAAGCCUGGAGACUAAAGUUCCCCCAUGAUCACAAAUAUUCUCCAACUGCUCAGAAUGGGCUGGAUGAGAACUAUUGCCGAAAUCCAGAUCGUGAUCCCAGUGGACCCUGGUGUUAUACGACUGACAAGAAUGUAAGACACCAAGUGUGUGCUAUCAAGAAGUGUGAAGAGGCCAUCUGCUUAAACUGCAAUGGAGAAGAUUACCGUGGAUCAUUGGACCAUACAGAGACUGGCAGGGAAUGUCAGCGAUGGGACCUGCAGAGCCCUCACCCUCAUCCCUAUAACCCAGAGAAGUAUCCAGACAUGCACCUGGAUGAUAACUACUGCCGAAACCCAGACAGCUCGGAGAGGCCCUGGUGCUACACCACCGACCCUGAUGUGGAGAGAGAGUACUGCAAUAUUUCGAAAUGCACAGAGAAGCAGCGUGUGCAAACUGUAACAAUCAGCAGUAAUUGCUUCUCCGGCAAAGGGGAAGGAUACCGUGGAAAAGCAGCCAUGACUACCUCCGGGAUUCCCUGCCAGAGAUGGGACUCCCAGAAACACCACCAGCAUCGGUUCUUACCUGACAAAUACCCCUGCAAGGGGCUGCAGGAGAAUUAUUGUAGGAAUCCUGAUGGUUCAGAAGCCCCCUGGUGUUUCACCACAGACCCCAAAAUGAGAAUGGCAUUCUGUUUCCAGAUCAAGCGUUGUCCAGAUGAAGUGCCAGAUGUGGGCUGUUUUUUCGGUAAUGGGGAGACUUAUAGUGGAAGUGCCAAUAAAACAAGAAAGGGGAUCCCGUGUCGCAAAUGGAAUGAGAUGUCCAAUGAUCUUCAAUUCCCUGUCAGUGACUCUCUACAGGAAAACUACUGUCGUAACCCCGAUGGCGACAGCCACGGCCCCUGGUGUUACACUAAAGACCCCAACACCCCUUUUGACUAUUGUCCUAUAAAACCAUGUGAUGGAGAGCCUGCAAUCAGCCUUAAAGAAGCAGAAAAGAUUGAAUUUGAUUCAUGUGGUAAAAGGAUCGAUAGACCUGUGGUAAAGGGGCGUAUGGUGGGCGGACUCCCAGGAAACUCACCGUGGACUGUCAGCUUACGUAACAGACAAGGAAAUCACUUCUGUGGGGGGUCACUGGUGAAGGAGGACUGGGUGAUCAGCACCAGACAAUGCUUCUCUUCCUGUGAUGCUGAUCUGUCCGGUUAUCAUGCCAUGGUGGGCACACUCUUUGUCAACCCAAGAUCCGAUGACCCCGACAUGCAGUCUGUACCCAUCAGUAAGAUCAUGUGUGGCCCGUCGGACUCUAGCCUUGUCAUGCUGAAACUAGAGAGGCCACUGACUCUUAACUCUAGAGUUGCUCUCAUCUGCCUUCCUCCAGAGAGAUACAUUGUUCCUCCAAACACACAAUGUGAGAUCGCUGGCUGGGGAGAAACCCAGGGUACUGGCCAUGAGAAUGUACUGAAGGUGGCACAUUUCUUUGUGAUGAGUAAUGAUGAAUGUAACACAUACAGUAAGAGCCGGAAGCUGGUGCUAGACCAUGAGAUCUGCACCAGGCCCUUACCGGUGGAGCAGGGAGCCUGCGAGAGGGAUUACGGGGGUCCACUUGCCUGCCUCACCCAUGAAUGUUGGGUGUUAGAGGGUGUUAUUAUACCGUCCCGUGGAUGUGGAAAGAAGAACGUCCCAGGAGUGUUCACCAGGGUCUCAAUCUAUGUUGACUGGAUCAACAAAGUCAUGAAGAUGGUGUGAGAGAAGAAGCACAAUUCUCAGCAGCAUGUGCCGUAAAUAAGGACUGGAGGAGAGGUUGAUAUUGGGGGGGAGGAUUUGCAGCUAAAGUGAACCAAAGAAAGUACAUUUCUGGGGAGUGAGAUUUUCAGUAAAGUUUGAGUGCAGUCAGGUCAGCAUGUUCAAUAACUUUACAGUGGAGCAGCAAAUAUUUAUUCUGCUUUGGCUGCCCAUGUUUUAGCCCACUCAGGGCACAAUGUCAGGAUAUAAUGUUAUGGGCAGCAGUAGGUGUCCAUAGAGGCACCGUCAUCAAAUGGUUGAUGUUUCAGGAAGAAGAAUCAAUAUAUUUUUAUAAAUGCAAUAAAAUCCACAUUGAUAAAACCAAAUGUGAGAACGAGUGACCCUUGUGAUACAUUGUCAAUAGAUGUCCUGAAUAUAAGUACAUUGUCA